CCGCAAAUACGUGGGCAUAUAUUCGUUUGAGUUUUCGCUUUUGCAUCGCUACGUAACGAAUGGGUCUUCCAAUAACGCUCGAAUCGCGUGACCCUUGUCGCCGCCCAUCAAGCACGCGUUCCGACGCGCGAGUUCGCUCUUGACCUCCCAUCCUGGAUCCACCGCUUGCCCCUCAUCGUUCGUCACGACCCUCUUCUAGGCGGUCGAUAUCAACGGUAACAGCGCGGUCGAAUCCCGCAUCACUUGAGCGAACGCCAACUUGUCCGUCGCGAGUUGAAACUCCCAUAGGAUCGUCGUUGCAUACUCGUACAGGUCGUGAAUGCGACUUUGACUGCUCGGGUGGGUUGACAGUAAAUCGCCCAAGAACGCCUCAGGGGCUGCCACGUGGAGAUCACUCUCUCGACUCGGUGGCGUCUCCAUCGUCGCGUCCAUCAUCCGCUUCCACAGCGGCGACGCUUCGCGGGGGUCGUACCCAGUCCGCACCGCCAACACCAUGCCCAUGUAAUCGGCUUUCCCCUCCAUCCGUCGGGAAAAUGCCAGUGGCACGACCACCUGGAACACUGUGACCAGCAGGAACUCCAUCAACGCAGCCUUCCAACCACGUCCCCCCACGUCGCUGGUGCCGCCCGAAACCCCCCGUAGAAAGUCAUGCAAGACCAGGACCAAGUCAAAGAACCCAAAUUUUUCGGCGCUGUGGAGGGCCAUCGCGCGCGCCAUUUCGUGGCCUAAGACGCAUGCGAGACCGCCGUACGUUUUGGCGAUGGAGGUGUUGGUCCUCGCAUAUCGCUGCGAGAUGCUGCGUGACCUCGAGCACGGCGUCUUAGACUGGAUCGCCACGUUUCAAGCACAUGUUGCCUUCUUCGGCCAAGAUAUUGGCCACCGCCUCAUAGGCCAAGGCUUGUUCGUCGUCAUGCGACAGAAAGACAAAGUGCGAUCGAUUCGAGAUGGGCAUGCGCUCGGUGUACGCGAGGAGGACACCGCCAAAGAGAAGGGCUGGAACGCCCACCAAGCCCAUGGCUGCGUGCUUGCCAUAUCGAUACAAGAGACCUGUGCGAUAGAGGUAUCCUAACGUAUGGCCUACGACUGUGGCGGCCGCGCGAAGUAGCACCACGUUCAACUCUUGCGAUCCUCGUCCUCUCGACGAGCUUGCCAGGAGACGGAAGAAGUUGUUGCUGCCUUGACGUGGCUGAAGGAAGGUAGACCUUGCGCCUGGGAGGGUAUGCCGCCGUGGUCUAGCGAAUCCUCCGCUGUGGGUAAGUUCGUCGGGCACAUUGGCAUACAGCAUCGUGAUUGAGACAAUUUAUCCACUUGCGCUUUGCAAAAUUAACCAAUCAAGUACCUUAUUUAACCAAUCAGCUUGCCGAAUUCGAAUUAUUUCACACAUGACUCGGACUUGAACGAGCAAAUCAUUGGCCAAAUACAGUGAUUUAUGACCAAUGAUAGAAGUUCAUGAAGUUGAAAUGCCCACUGUUUUGCUCACUUUCCAAUUUCUUUAAUCAACCCAUCAUGAGUUCAGUCCGUGAACUACUGGCAGCGUUAUCGCUGAGUGCACCAUCCGCUUCUUCGACCUGUGGCAUCGACGGAGGCUGUGGUCCAAAAUCCUUAGCAUCUCCAGUGAAUGACCUUACACCAGAAGCGACGGCUGCCGAAGUCGACUCGGCCGUGCGAUUUUAUCGAUUGCCCGAGUCAAACCCCCAAGAACUUGGGAACGUGAACUUUUUGCGAUCCGUGUCGGACGUUGCCGACAACGAAAAGCCCGUCUUUCUUCAGUUCCAAGAGAUUCCCGGCUGCCACACGUGUACGGACUAUGGGGACAAUGUUCUCCUGGACCCGUUGGUUGUCGAAUUGCUCGAAACUGUGUUCACUCCCGUGGUCAUCCACAACAACUCGCAAGAACCUUCUGACGUGGCAGCGUUGAAGCAAUUCAACGAACCGACCUGGAACAACCCUGUCGUCCACGUGUUGGAUCCCGUUUCCCAAACUGACCUCAUUCCACGAAUCGACGGUGUCUACGACCUUCGUGGUGUCCUCUUGCAAGUCCUGGAAGCGUUGAUCGUGUCCCAACGUCCCGUGCCAUCAUGGGUCGACUACGUUGCCAUUGCGCAGCAGUUGCAUGUGGUCCGAGAUGCCGACCAUCGUGUCGUGGCGGUGAGAAAAGCGUCGGUGGCGUCCACGACGUUUGUCAUGGAAUGCUACUGGGCGGGGGAAACUGUCCUUGGCGGGAUCGAUGGCGUCUUGUCGACGCUGCCUGGAUGGAUCGACGGUGUCGAGGUCGUGCAAGUGGACUAUGAUGAGAACGUGCUCUCGUACCAUGACUUGCUUCACGCGGCCGCGUCGGCCGGACUCGAGCCCAUGGUGCACACGGACGCCCAGUUGCAGACCGCCCAACACGAGAAGGCAGCCAACAUCCGCGACCGACGAGCCCCCCACGACGCGUUAAAGGUGCUUUCGACGGUAUCGUACACCGAAACCAAGUACCACUUGCGAUCGAAGCUCCCCCUCGUGGCGCUGCUGCCGUUGACGCCGCUGCAGGAAGCGCAUGUGCACACGUUGGUGGCGCGUCGGCAGACCCAGUCGGUCGUCGAGCGUGCGGUGCUCACUCCUCGCCAAGUCACGCUGUUGCGCCGAUUGGAAGCCGUGGCCGACCGUGUGCCCCAUGCCAAGGACGAUGCGGAGGCGCUCCAUGCCCUGACCCCUGCCGACCGAUGGCAAAACGUGCUGCGCGCCGUCGAAGCAGCCGAGGCGUUGAGUGCACCACCCCAUACGUAAACUCAACGAUCAGAAAAUGAAUCGAAUGCAAAUGUCCUUGUCGUGUACUAGUGUAGUCGGGCUAGACUUGUAUGGGAGUAGGUGCUACAUAACAUGGUUAUAUAUACUAGUAUAUAUA